GCUGUCCCUACCACCAUGGACCCUGGCUCUCUCUCACCCAGAACCUACAUGGCAACCACCACCAUUAUUUACUCUACACAGCUGAUGUAUUAACAGUGUAUUACUCCAAAGUAUAAGUUUUAAAAAAAUCUUGAAAAUAUGUGCACCUGUGCACCUGUUACUUCAGUUCAUCUUCUCGACUUGAAAUGAGUUUUGUUUAGUUGUGAGGAUAACAGACUGUGGUGCUUGUGUUUACCAGUCCAGUGUGAUCUUAGACAUGAUUGGACCUGUUUGUUUUCAUCAGGUGACAAGAUCGUGGACAUUCUUACCCAUGUGAUAUAUUAUAUACUGUGAUAAAAUGAGUUAGUUUACCCCCCCCAACGGAAGCUAAGAUCACCACCUCCAGUUUACACUUCUCCACAGGACUUGUGAGGUGGACGUGGGUAAUGGGUUUUAUCAUCAAGCCUGGAUGAUUCACACACAAUUUUAGAAAUGACUCAAAACUGUAUAACUAAAACUUUGACUUUGCAAGAAGAUUUUGAAAAUUUGAAACUAUAUCUUAGGGCAUUUGUGUUGGGACUUUUUGUGGGGAAACUUGACCCCAAAAUAACCCCAUGAAUGGUUUAAACUUGACCCCAAAAUAACCCCAUGAAUGGUUUAAACUUGGCCCCAUAAUCCCCGUAUUACUUUCCCUAUGGUCCACUAUGCUAAGCUGACCAUGUACAAACCUUGUAGAGCCAUGAGAGUGUUUUGGUCAUGGGUCUGGGUUUGGUCAUGGUGUGUGCCUGGUGGGUGGUGUGCGGCGCCCAUACCCUCGGGACUGACCACAGAGGAAUAUAUCUUCACAGGACCCACCACUGCCAUCCCCACCCCGCCGCCCCCACCAGAGGACUUUGUUGCCAGCUACAAGGAGGCUUUUGCUUCAUUCGUUCACGUCACCAUCAGUUACAACGCUACCUUAAACUUCUCCAGAAUAGUGAUGUCAUAUGAGGACCCGGUGGAUACAAGUCGUCACGUCAUCACACUCAACAUCAACCCAGCGGGCAACGGUUUCGAUCCCACAACCCUCUUCGAUUCAGCCUCUGGACGCCUGGGGUUUGUCUUCAAGCUUGGGGGACUAUACAGGAGGCGCCGAUAUUCCGUGAAGGUGUCAGGUUUCCAAGGUGGUAACGUUAGACCCAUCAUUAUCAGGUUCACCUUCCUCACCGGCGAAGAUGAUGGAGAGGACAAGCUGUACAACCUGACGGGGAUCUUCUUGGUGCUGGGAAUAUCGACGAUCAUCAUGGUGGUGGUGAUGGUGUGUGUUGGUUAUGAGAAACUCAUCCACCAGAAGAAGGACGAGUGUUGCACCUUCAUCUUCUGCAGGUCACAUAAGAGAAAGCCUCCCAAAUCAUCAAUAUCGCCGGAGCCCCUCGUGGUACGUGAUGGUAGAGGCUUUGAGGAGAGUCCGUCAUCUUCACAGAGGUACUGAAAACACAAGUCAUCACUCUGACUCCAACGAACCUUCUGCUGAUGUCUCACUUUGGCCUUAUGAGUGUUCUCCAUCCUCAUAGAGGCAUUGAGGAUGGCUGGUACCUCACAUUGAGUUUGAAGAACCAUAAAAACACUUGGAGAGAAAAAGAAGAUGAUUGAUACCCACCCAGUUACUUAGUCAUCUUCAUAUUCGUAGGCGACUGUGAAUGGCUGAGGCUUCUUUCUGCGUUCAGAAACACGGCCACAUCUUCAGAAUACACAUACUGUAUACACAUAUCCACAAAAGUGAUGUCAUAAAUACUGUGGAAAUGAUACAAGCAUUGUGUUAGAUGACAUAAAUCAGAAAGACUGUGUCAAUUAGAAAGGCUUUACCAACAUUCUGUACUGGUGACUACAUGACACUGAAUAACGGGAGACACCGUAUGAGAGAGAGAGACAGAGCAGUGGGUGAGGUUAGGUUAGGUUAACCUCACCUAACCAUUAGGUUAGGGUUUUUUUUAUUAGGUUAGGACCAUUUCAAUAAUGGACUGGGAGAAAACUUGUUUUUCUGGUAAGACUGAAGGAAGUUCUGUCCGGCAUCAAAGUUGAAUUUCCUCCUCAAACAAGUUGCCUUCUUUCACAGUGGCCAAAAUGACCUUCACAAUAAUGGUUCAGACUUUUUACUUCAUAAAGGCCGAGGCAUCUCUGUUUCUAAAAGGUUACGGCUGUCGCUCAUUUGGUUUGCUCCCAUGAGGAUGUGACGUCUCACUAUCUUGAAGAUGUGUCUCGUCUCGCCUAUAUCAUGAAGAUGUGUCUACUGUACAACGUCUCCCUUGACUUCAUUUCUCAUUACUUGUAAUCGCUCAUAGGAGCGAUUUUGGUUGGUGCAGAACAGUAAGACCCUUGUCGUGAAUGCGAUGAGUAUAAUUCGAUCAAAACUUGUUGAAUACAAUUCACAUAUAACAACUGCUGGUACAUCAGGACACACAGAUUGAAUAAUAUGAUCAAUAUGCAGUACGUAAUUACACUUAGUAAAAUUGUUUAGAGUUCUCAGAGGAUUCUACAGCUCGCAAUCACACUUACGUGUUUGGGUCUAGGGUUAGACCAACGAGAACAAAUAUGUUGUCCUGCAGGAAGAUGUUGGUUGACGAGAAUCAAGAUGUUGCCUCUACAGUAGAA